GCAGACUGUCUCGUCAUGAUGUUGGUUCCACAAGAUAUCAUGGGUGGUCCAUCGAAGAUGCUGUACCAGAUGAACAAGUACUACGCCGAACGGGUACAGGCACGCAUGGGCCAGGUGCAAAAAACCAUACGGGAGGUGUGCAAGGUCGUCCAGGACGUACUCAAGGAGGUCGAAGUGCAGGAGCCACGCUUCAUCUCUUCGUUGACCGAGUGUAACGGCCGCUUUGAGGGCCUCGAAGUGAUCUCACCGGGUGAAUUCGAGGUGGUCCUCUACCUGAACCAGAUGGGAGUUUUCAACUUUGUUGACGACGGCACCCUGCCGGGCUGCGCCGUGUUGAAGCUCAGCGACGGACGCAAGAGAUCCAUGUCCCUCUGGGUUGAAUUUAUCACCGCGUCUGGCUAUCUGUCGGCCAGAAAAAUACGCUCCAGGUUUCAGACUCUGGUAGCGCAGGCCUGUGACAAGUGUAACUACAGGGACUCGGUAAAGAUGAUCGCCGACACCACCGAAGUGAAGCUACGGAUACGGGAACGGUACGUCGUGCAGAUCACGCCGGCAUUCAAGUGUUCCGGCGUGUGGCCGCGCUCUGCCGCUCAUUGGCCGAUACCACACAUACCUUGGCCGCAUCCCAAUCUGGUGGCGGAAGUCAAGACGGAGGGCUUCGAUCUGUUGUCGAAGGAAAGCGUCGCGCUUCAAGGCAAGCAGUCGGCAAUGGAGGGCGACGCCUGGGUCUUGUCCUUCACGGAAGCGGAAACCAGGCUGUUGCAGGGCGGUUGUCGCCGAAAGUGUCUCAGUAUACUCAAAACCCUGAGGGAUCGACAUCUCGAUCUGCCAGGAAAUCCCGUUACCAGCUACCACAUGAAGACGCUGCUGCUACACGAGUGCGAGAAACAUCCCCUUGAGACCGAAUGGGACGAGAGUUGCUUGGCCGAUCGUAUUAACGGCAUCUUCCUGCAGCUGAUAUCUUGCUUACAGUGUCGGCGGUGUCCGCACUACUUCCUGCCGAAUCUCGAUUUAUUUAAGGGAAAGUCACCUAGCGGUCUUGAAAAUGCUGCGAAGCAAGUUUGGAGACUUACAAGGGAGCUGCUUACGAACAGCCGCGCAUUGGAAAAGCUUUAGCGUUCUCCUGCUCGAAAGCACGAGAACGCGCGGGACGAUGAAGACAGAGAAACGAUGACUCGUGUGACACGAUUUUGAGAACGUUUCUACCGCAUGGUAUUACAUGCUUCUCCGAUACUACACGCGAACAGUAUUGUAGUUACUGUUAUUAUUUAAUACACGCUUAUAUCAAGGGCUUGGUACAUUGUUACAAAUGAU